AUGCGGCCGUGCGCCUGGCGAGGAGCGGCGAGGGGGCUCCCGGCGCCGACGCGCCCGCCGCGCGUGCCGGUCGCGCAGCAGGGGCUGCCAGACGAUGUGCCACUUGACUGGCUGAGCGUGCGCUCGCUGAUGGACCACUGCAUGGGCCGCGGAAACUGGCGGCGCGCGACGCUGCCGGCGUACGCGCUCGAGGGCUUCCCGAAACUGGAUCGAGAGCGUUCUGCGCGCGUGCGCGGCGCACUGCAAGAGCGUGGGAUUGAAGAGAAUGCGUUCGUGGCGUGGUACAAUAGCAUAACACGCGCGACAUGGCAGGAAAGCGCAGCGAUCCUCGCAACACUGGACGAAAUUCCCCCGUUUGUGCUCCAGCGCGCGCUCGUGCGCGUCGGCCACGGGGAUGCAGCAAGCGCGGUGCGCAUCGCAGAACGGUGUGUGCCGACGUACUCGGUCGAUAAUGCGACUCGCAUCGUGCAUCUCCUCAUGGACAAGUGCCUCGCCGAGCGGCAGUGGCACGUCGCCGCGCCCAUGACGCGGCUCGUCGUCCAGACGGCCGCCGCAUGGCUCGAUCGGCGGAAUGCACAGCCGCAGCAGGCGGACGUGCUCGUGCAGCAGUGUGCACGGUACCUGCUCCAGGCAGAGCACGACGUGCGCGUGCGCAAUGCGCUCCUCGACCUCGUCCGUCUUGCACAGACGCGCCUGCCGGCGUCCGCGGCGUGGAUCGAGGCGUACAUUAUGGAUCGCGCUGCGCCGCGCCCGGGGCGGCGUGUGCGCCGCGGCGCAGACUGGGUCGUGGACCCGACGCUGAUCGAGGCGCUCCUCGAACAAGGCAGCAACACGGCAGGCCUGCUCGAUCUGGGUGUGCGUGUCGCGGCCGUGCAUCGCGAUACAGAGCGUGCAAACGCAUGGUUCGCACGUAUCGAGCCCGAGGCGCGGCCCACCGCGGCGUUUCUCCGUGCCCUCGCCACGUCGCCGCAUUCGGCAGACGUACAGGCGGCAUGGGCGCUCUUUGAUGCAAUGUGCACUGGAAAAGAGGCACAGAGUGCACGCCUCGCCGACUGGAUGCUGAUGGUGCGUGCGGCAGCUGGCGAUAGCCGCAUUCCGGCCCAGCAUGUGCUCGGCCUCUUGCAGCUCUACGAAGGGCACGCAGAGAGCGCCGCGCGGGGUGCGGCGCGGUGGCACGCGCCUGCGGCGAUCUGCGAACAGCUCGCCACGUCGCGCGUCGCACACUCCAGUGCGAUGGAUGGCUUCUUGGCGCGCGGCGAUCUGCCGCGUGCGCUCGGCGUGUGGCAUGCAAUGCUGCGGCGCGGCAUUGCGCCGGACGUUGCGGCGCUUGCGUCCGUGUGCAAGGUGCAUUUCCGUACCGGACGCGCCGCCGACGCCUUGCGCGAGGUCGCGCGAUGGUGCCACGAAGGCGUCGUGCUCCAGGACGGCGUCGGUGGAUGGAUGCCGAUGGCGCCCGAAGCGCCGCAAGAUACCCCCGGCACGGCCGUCGAGGCCCAGGCCACGCCCCACCGCGUGCAGGCGACAACGUACCUGGCGAAUAUCGUGCUUGAAGGCCUGCUGCACGUCGGCUCGUUUCAUACCCUCUUUCAUGUCUGGCGCGCGCUCGGGCCCGCGCUGCACGUCCGUCCCGAUGUUGUGUCGCUCGACCUUGUGCUGCGUGCAGCGAUCCUCGAUGCGGAUAGCGUCGCGGGCGAGGCGUCGUCCGAGUCGCCGCCGCUCUUUCAUCCAUACGCCGCGCGCGAGUACUUCCGGCGCACGCUGCACAGCCAGCACCCCGAGCUUGCGGCGUGCACGAGUGCACUGGACGCCGCGUCCAAGCACUGGCUCGUGCGUGGCGAGCAGCGGCUGCGGCGCUGGGAGCGCUGGCUCGAGCAGCGUGUCGCGAAGCUCUUUUCGAGCGCGCCGACGACGACCGCGGUCGACGUGCCGCUGGAGCCAACGCCGGUCGUGCUCGAUGCGCGUGUCUUUGCGCGGUACGCCAUGCUAUUGUAUACGCUGCGCAGUGUGGGGGGUGGCACCGGCAUCUAUGAAGAGCUCUUCCGCAUCCCGGCGUACAUGCAGGCGCUCGACCUCGCGCCGGAGCGGAGUAUGCUGUGUCUGCUGUACUGUGCACAGGACGAGGUGCUUCCGCCGGGCGUCGCGAGUCGGCAAGGGCAGACGCCGCUCGAUGUCGCAUUGCGGCAGUGGCUCGACGAGGCCGAGAUUCCCGGAGAAGCCGAGAUCGGCGAGUGGUUCCGUGCACAGAGCAAGUGA